CUCUGUAUCAGCAGUGGGAUCCAACUUAGAUGCAACAGGUUGACAAGCUGUUAUAUCCAAAUCACUAUAAAGGGCUUCCAUGCCAAUAGCAUCAAAGGCUUGUGGUUGUGGUAGGUUGACAAAGGCCAUGCAUGUGAGGGCUUGGCCCUUCUCCUGAAGUUGUCAAAGAACAGAUAUUGUAUUGUCUGUGGAACAGCUGGUUCAAAGUACACACUAUGUCUCAUGAUAGAUUUGUUCAGCCAGCACCUCCUUUUUAUCUUUGAUGUCAUUUGCCACAUGAUAGUGAUGUAAGAAGCCGAGAUCUGGUUCAUGACUGAAUAAAUAUAAAUUUGCAGGACAUUAAGAAGUGUUUCCUGUUUAAUAUUGUCAUCAUAUUCUGUCACGCACUGAUGGAAAAUUCAGCUAAUGUAUAGUUUUUUUGUGGUCUUCACUGAAAAAUAGUAAAUGACUGUGAAUGAAAAUUCUCUCAAACAACUUAAUUCAUACCUCGAACUGCUGCAGCAAAAGCGACCAACAAGGCCAGCAACACUUACUUUUUAUCUGAGGUCUCAGAAUCCUAGUUAUGACAACACUGUAAAAGGUUUGUUUCGAACAGUGAAGAUUAAUCUUUCACACAGAGAUUUACGAAAAACUGUACAUGGUAUUUUAAAGACAUGUAACUUACCAACUGCUUAUGUAGAGAGGAUACCUGAAAAAUCUGAAACCACAAGUCCAAAUGAAUUCAAGUUUGAUGCAGUAAAAUUUGAACAGAACGAUCCCAUGUAUGGAAGCUACAUUCUUAAAAGUAAAAUUAAAAAAGCAAAGGAUACAGAAACAUUAAGGUCCUGGCUGGAGGAAAAUGUAACUGUGGCUCGAGAGAAGCUGGCUGCUAGAAAGCCUGUAAGAACAGAAAUUGUAAGACUGCAGGAUACAUUAAGAAAAUCUUUGGGCCUUAAAGCAAUAUUGUGGGACUGUGGCUGGAAUGUGACACACUUUCGUGGUUGCUUGCAAAGUUUCCAGGCAUUGGUACGAAACCAUCCUGAAAUUGUUGGCGCUCUACAAGGAAGAACACUGCUCUUUGGUAAUGACACUGGAGUGAGUCUGGAUGGACAUAUUAUGCUCAACAGUGGAGAAGUUAGGCACAAUUGGCUAGAUCUUAUAAAAAAUUUGCACAAACAAGAUGAUGCUCUUCUACGCAUCCCUGCAUUUGAAAAGGCUGUAUCAAGGGUUCUUAAGGAUAUCAAAGUUGUAAGAAGGAAAUUUCAGCCUAAAGUGAUGGCAAAGCACUAUGAAAACCAUUUACGUCGUCUUAUGACAUCUCUUGGUGACUACAGAGGAAGAACUGGCUAUCCUAGGCACUGGCCCAACACACUGGAAAACUAUGAAUUAGUUGUAGAAACGGAAGCAGGCCCAUUGAUGCUGUCUCCUACUGGGCAGUUCAUAGUUCCUGCAUCAUGCCCUGGUUUUCUUGUUGUCAAUUUUAUAGACGGAAACAUGGAAAAAGCUGAACAACUCCUUGUCUGCUACCAACAUGACAAACAUAUUGAACGAGACCUCUGUAAACAGUGUGAAGAGGUAUUUCAAUUGGAAGCCCUACAGAAAGAUGACAACAUAACACCUGAAUUGAUGAUAGAAUGUUGUACUCAGUUGCUGAAGAACGUGGAUGUCCUUGUACCAGUCCUGAAAGGUGUGCACUUGUGGGUUACAAACUAUUAUUCAGUUCUCUCUGGUGGAGAAAUGUGUAUACCAUGGAAUUGGAAACUCUGAUUUUUUUGUUCAUAGAGUUCUUGAUUAAUGAGAGAAAUAUCUUAAAUAUGUGUAGAAUGAAGAAUGAUAAUGUUAUUUGACAAUAUGGCUUUACUUAACUCUGUAGAAAGUAAAUUAUUGUGAACCAUAUAAAUAUAAUCUGUAUAGUAUUACAUGAAUGCUCAGAAUGUGAAACGAAAGAUAAAUUGUUACAGAAUAUGUUUUUGUAUCACAAAGUACCUGAAAAUUAAAAUAGUUGUAUAUGUUGAACAUA